AUGUCUACCGACAACUCCAAUAACGCUACCAACACCAACAACCAGAACGAAAUGCAUCGCCAACGUCGCGGCUCCGUCACUCAGCAGGCCAUCGCCGGUCUCUUCAGAAGCAACUCUACCUCCACCGGUACGGCUUUCCCCACAGGCACCAGUGAUGCCCAAAGACGGCGUCUCUCAGUCUCCACCGGCCUUGGUCUGACAGGCACUUCCCCUACUGGCUCCAACGCUUUCAACUCGCUGAGGCGGGGAAGCCUGUCAACCAACUCCAACGACUCGAUUGAUGAGAAUGCUGUCGAUGAGGAGGAAAUCCCUCCCAACGCCCGAACCGCACCCGCCACCCCCUUCACACGCAGAAUGAGCUUCGGAGCCCAGGCGAUGCGCACCCUGCGCAAUGGUGGUGGAAGUCCGGGAUCAAACGACCAAGGUUUCAAUUGGUCCGAGCAGCUUAGGUCCCGUGCCGAGAGCUCUGUCCAGGGCUCACGGUCUUCAUUCUCGUUUGGCUCUGGCCUCUCAUCCUCGCCUCCUCGUGGCAUGAGCAACGGUGCCGUACACGACCGUACUAAGUCCGUCUCCGACAUGCCUGCCCCGCCCGCCCAAGCUGCUGCCAUGAAGCCCAAGGCUCCUGAGCGACCAAAGCCAGAUGCUUUCCAGGAACGUAUCCUGAAGGGUGACUUUUACAUGGACUGA